CUACCAUAACUUAAUCCAAAUGGCAUUUUCAAUAUCAAUUUAUCUAAUUUCGAAAAGAUUUGAAAAGUGUUUCAAUCAACCUAAAUAUAAAAACCUAUCAGCUCAGACAGAUCGAUCUGGUUGGAGCGUAAGAACACAAACUGAUUCAUUGAUUAAUUGUUACACUCCUACAUUUUUCUGAUGAUGGAGAGCAUAUAUAAAGAGAGUUAUGCUAAAGAUUGUAUUUCUUUAUUCAAACCACAGUUGGAAAAAGGUUGCAUUUGUUACAUAGAAAAUACGGUGGACAGACUGUGGAGCUCCCUGCUCCGCUCCAUUCUGAUGCAUCCUUUUGUUGGCGACUACAUUCAUGUCCGUCUUUGUUUUUUAAGUCUGAGUGGAGAAAGGCUUACUUCAUCCAUGCCGUCCAUAACUCAGAGGGACAUUUCUAAUAACCCACUCUGCAGAAAAUACAUCCUGGAAAAUCACAGGUUAUUUGAUUUUCAUCAAAAAUUGCAUGAUCUUAAAUAAAAACCCACUUGGAACACUUUUUAAAAUUAAUCAAGAGAUCAGCAGAAUAGGAUUUUAAAGCCACUUCCAGCCCACAAACAUGCUGCACAACUCUCCAGGUUAUUUAUUCUUCGAUGACAGUGAUAGGUUUAAAUCCCUCGAGCUCUGUGUGACAAAGGCUAAAGACUAAAGCGUUAGCAAAACCGAUAAACCACCAGAACAGAUUAACCUGUACUCCAAGUGAGAUUAUCAGAGAUAACGUUACAGGAAACCAGAUUAGGAAGCGUUAAUUUCCUGAGCUCCUCCCUUAGAAAAUGAGAUUACCUUGUUUGUCACUAACUUAUAAUAUGAACAAGUUUUUCAUGAGACAAUCUGUGUUUUAUUUGAUUAAAACAAUGUGGAAUUUAGGCUACUUCAUGUCUGUAGUUUGAUUCAACCAUGAAUUUACUUUUACAAAAUUCUAGUGCAACAAAUUUGCAUUAAAAAAAAAAGAAAACUUUCAAUCCUCUCAAAUGCUUCUUUUUCAUCUCAUAUUCCGCUCUGGUCAUUUGUUGCACUUAGAAAAUAGAUCUGUUUCAUCUUCAUAUACGUGAAAGUUUGACCUUAUUAGAAUUUUUUAUACAUUUCCGAAACUGCAUAUAAAAAAAAAAACGAAGUUUUUCUAAACCUUUGAUUGAACUGUGUUGUCAGAAUUGCGUUAAGCCACUUUUUAAAGCAAUUGAUUGGACGCCAAUUCAGCAGCAUUGUUGCAUCCAACACUGGAAAGGUAAUACUGAAUGACUUAGAUCAGUUAAUAAGAAAAACCCAAUUAAUUAUUCAAUUAUCAAAUCACUUUAUCAUGAGUUAAGAGGGAAGCUGUGGGGCUCUUUAUAAAUGUUGGGCGCAAUAGAAAGAGGCACAACUGGGAUUUGGUCCUGAUAGAAUUUAUCUAUAUUUCCUGAAAAUUCUUAUUUGUUACAAAUUCAAGCAAAAAAGAAAAAUAAAUAAAUAAAAUGAGGUUCAUUAGUGGUGCGGAGCUCCCUGAAGACUUCUGGAUACCAGUUCCUUUGGAUACUAAUAAUUUGUCAUCACUCAGCCCUUUCCUUGUUCCCCAGGACCACCUGGGGGGUUCAGGGACUUUCUAUGCAUUGGCAGCAUUCAUGUUCUUCCUGUUCGUGUUUGGCUCUUCAAUCAACAGCCUCACCAUAGCAUGCACCUUUCAGAACAAGAAGCUCCGGUCCCAUUUGAACUACAUCCUGGUGAACCUGUCUGUGGCCAAUCUUCUUGUGUCCGGAGUGGGCUCCUCCACUGCCUUUUGCUCCUUUGCUUGCAGAUAUUUCAUUUUCGGAUCGCUGGGAUGUAAGAUUGAAGGUUUUGUAGCAACACUUGGAGGGAUGGUUAGCCUGUGGUCUCUUGCUGUGAUAGCCUUUGAAAGAUGGCUGGUCAUCUGCAAGCCACUGGGUAACUUUACUUUCAAGCCUGAGCACGCUCUGGUUUGUUGCUUGGUUACCUGGGUGUGUGCUCUGGCAGCUGCGGUCCCUCCUCUGGUUGGAUGGAGCAGGUACAUCCCUGAAGGCCUGCAGUGCUCCUGUGGACCCGACUGGUACACCACAGACAACAAAUACAACAAUGAGUCCUAUGUGAUGUUUCUCUUCUGUUUCUGCUUCGCGGUUCCCCUCGCCACUAUCGUCUUUUGCUACUCUCAGCUGCUAGUCACCCUUAAAAUGGCAGCCAAGGCCCAAGCAGAGUCUGCCUCCACCCAGAAAGCAGAGCGAGAGGUGACCAGGAUGGUGGUUGUCAUGGUGCUGGGCUUUCUCGUGUGCUGGAUGCCGUAUGCCUCCUUUGCUCUUUGGGUUGUCAACAAUCGCGGCCACUCCUUUGACCUGAGGCUGGCGACCAUUCCCUCCUGCUUUUCGAAGGCCUCCACAGUGUACAAUCCAGUUAUCUAUGUCCUCCUGAACAAGCAGUUCCGUUCCUGCAUGUUGAUGAUGCUGGGAAUGGGUGGAGGAGAAGAGGAGGCGUCAACAUCAGUGACUGAAGUGUCCAAAGUUGGACCUGUUUAGACCCUUAAUGAUAACUCCUCUACGCUCAUUUAUUAUAAAUAAAGAUGAUUUUAGCUCAUGUUUGAUGUGUGAAUGCAUUAUAAUAUUAGCAGUGCAAGAAAAUAAACCUGUGCAAAACUGGUUUAGUAUUCAGAGGAAACUCAUUU